CUCAAUCUGUAGAAUGCUGAAUUAUCAUAAAAAUGACUGGCAUCUCCUAGUUUCAUUGUUUCUUUUUAUUUCUUAUGGCUGUUUUUAUGCAUUUAUGUCUGUGAUGUAGUAUUGCAUGUUGGUGGAGUUGGAGAUGUAUAAUGUGAGUCUAAAUAAAACAAUAAAUAAGCAAGUAUUAAAAAAUGAAAAUAAAAGGUGCACAUAAUCAAAAAAAGUACAUAUGUGAGAAAUAUAACAAGGUCAGUUGUAAAUAUCAUCAGUAGUUCAUAUCUCAGUUUGUUUCUAGGUUAUGUGUAUGCCUGUAAUCUGCUGUACACAUUUUUAUUUAAUAUGAAUGUAUAUUAAUGUGUAUUGUUAUUAUUAUUAUUAUUAUUAUUAUUAUUAUUGUUGUUGUUGUUAUUAUUAUUAUUAUUAUUAUUAUUAUUAUUAUUAUUAUUAUUAUUAUUAUUAUUAUUAUUAUUAUUAUUAUUAUUAUUGCCAUGAAUUAGUUAUUAUUAUUAUUAUUAUUAUCAACUUUUACAUUUAUUAUGACUUUAAUUUGAGUGCUUGUGUUCAUCUUGUUAAUCUUUAUCUUUUAUUAUGUUAACAAAUUCUAUUUCAAUUGGUGUGUAUUACUUUCUAAAUCCAUUUUUGUUUCCUUAAUGUUUUUAAAAUCAUUUGUAAAGCACUUUCUGCAUCUGGUUACAUCAGGUUAUAUAUUAUUAACAAUUGAUUGAUUGAUUGAUUGAUUGAUUGAUUGAUUGAUGAAAUUUCAGCCGAACCUUGGAAUUCUGUUGUUAUAGAAAUAAAGCUCGAUCAACGUUUAAAUUAUUUGAAGGGUUGUGCAUAACACCGCUCGAGAUAAAUAUAACCAUGACAUCGUGAAUCAUGUCACCUUUCUGCCCUGGAUGGAUAUGGAGAUGUUGGAGAUGGAGAUCAAUUAAACCUGAUUGUUCUUUUUGACAUAGAGAGCAGGUAUAAAAAAACAAAAACAAACGAAGGUUAACUGAGAAAAAAAAGAUUUCAGGAUUAUUUUACUGAUUUUUCAUUAUGGCAGAAUUCUAAUGCUGCAGCAAGUGGACACAAUCUAAUUAAUAUGCAAUAUAAAACUCUUAUAUUCAGGAAAUUUUUUUUGGUGAUGAUUUCAUUAAAAAAGCCAAAUGGUGUAAAGGAAUUUUCUAAUGUUUUUUAAAGGCUAAGAUAACUUUUUUCCUGAAUAAUAUUAAUAUAAUAAUUCUUCCUGAUCUUGACUUAAUUACAUAAAACCUAGGGUGUUUGUCAACACUUCCUAUCAGUGUGGUAACAAAAGGGAGCUGACAGAGGCUGCAGGUCGAACCUGACACUCUUCAGCAUCAGCAACCAGCAUCAACAACAUAUCAGCACAAAUGUCAGAGUUUCUAGGACACGACAUCUGAUGCAGAAGAUUUAUCUGUUGUCACGUGAUCUCUGUCUCUUGCAACUCAAAUAUGCUUCAUUAUCGAGAUAAGUCAUUGUUGUAGCAGAAAUACAUGACGUACCAUAAACAACAGUGUGACAACAGAUACAUAAACACCGAAAAAAUAUUGAUUAACCCAACAAGUGCAUCGAAACAUGCUGCUCACAAGGGGCUGAUUGUUGUUUCUUUGGUAUUGCUGCUGAAAGCUUGAUCAUGACACCUGUAACUGCUUACCUGAGUACUGAACAGUACACCUGCCAUGACUUAGUUGUGUAGAGUGUAGUUUGUGCAUCGUUUGGGAACCAGUGUUCACCAGAGAUGAUCAGGUAAUGUGAGAAGUGAACAGAUCCAGUCUAAAAGCCUCUAAAUCAUCAUUAGAAAUCCUGCCAAUUGUGAAGGACAUACUGAAUUUGACAAUGAUUGACAGAAAGAUACAUAAACACCUGGCAAAAUACUCAGUAACGUCUGUUGUGGCAACUGAAAAUCAGUCGCUUGUUUUUGGAGGAGGCUUAUCAAUUAUGAAGCCGAUCAAAACCAACGACAUCGCAGCAACCAGGUGCACUUACAAGUUUGUAUAAAACACAGGCAUAAGGAGGCCACAAUUAAAUAGCAGAGGUUGUUGGACAAUCAGUGAGUUGACAAGAGAGAUAAAAUCCAAGAAAGCGUCUCUUUGUCUGCAGAGCAUCUGUGAUUUACAAUAGACAGAAGGGCGAGGGCUGAUUGUCCACAAGUUAAUCAGCCAAGGAUUGCGUGAAAUGCUAAAAUGGAUCACCAGAUAUACUAGAGUGGACCACCCAAGUAAAGUAUAUGUGUGGGAAACAACAACAUCAAAUAACUGAAAGAAUCGUAGUAAGCUGUUGUUCCACCACAUCUGCAUUUGUUUUGUUUCAAACUAAGCAAAGUGCUGCAAAUAAAACAGGUUUAAAGAUAUGUUACGUUUGUGGCAUCUGGGCAGUUCACCGUGGUACACUGCAUGCCUGAAAUGUUGUUACUGGUAGUACACUGAACAGGAAACCUGGCUCCUCUCAUCUCCACGCCUUUGAAAAUAUGCUGCUGGUCCUGUUCACACAUGAAGGAAGUGCAAGCGAUAAUACAUUUAGCCUUCACACAGUCAACAACAAGACACAGGAGGAGAUCCAGUUUCAGACCCAUUCGAUGCCUUUAAUACUGACUACAAUCUUUAGGAAACAUGGAGAAAGCUACGCCUGUCAAAGAGCUGAAAGUUUUACUUGUGGGAUCAAACAGCUCCCGGAAAUAUCUGGUUGGAAACAUCAUCUUGGGAAAACAGGCAUUUGAAUCAGAUGUAACAGUCUGUUGUGAGGAGGGAGAAGGAGAAGUGUGCGGGCGAAGAGUCACAUUGGUCAAAGCCCCCGGGUGGCUGCGAGGAUACGACCUCUGUAAUACACCUGAACUAUUCAAGACAGAGGCGAUUCUAAGCGUCACACCUGGACUGCACAGUUUUAUCCUGGUGAUUAAUGCUGAAAUACCAUUCAAGGAUGAGUACAGGAAGACAACAAAGAAGCACUUGCAACACUUUUUUGGUGACAAGGUGUGGGAUCACACGAUAGUGGUCUUCAGCCACAGAGGUCAGAUUGACCAGGAAACCAUUGAGGAUUACAUCAAGAGUGAAGGGGCUCCACUUCAGUCACUUCUGGAGGCCUGUGGUAACAGAUACCACGUCCUCUGUGAUGAUGGCACAGACAACAGCGAGAAAGUCAAAGAGCUGUUUGAGAAGAUUGACGACAUGGUGGCUAAAAACAGCUGUUAUGAAGCAGACAGCACGCUGAUAGAAAAUGCUGAGUUGAAGAGGAAGGAAGUGGACAAAAAAGCUGAGGAGUUGCGUCUGCAAUCACAACAACAAAGGGAAAAGCUCAGAGAUCUCAUGACAGAACCAACACUCAGCCUGAGAAUCAUGAUGGUCGGCUGGGUGUUCUCCGGGAAGAGCGCGUCUGGGAACACCAUUUUUAAAGCUGACGUGUUUCAGGCUGGUGACAAAACGAAGAAAGCUUCAAAGAAAAGCGGCAAGGUGGCUGGUAGGGAGGUCGUCAUUGUGGACACUCCUGGAUGGUGGAAAUUCUUCCCAGCAACGUUCACCCCAAAGCCUUUGAAGGCUGAGAUUUUAAAUGGGGUCUCUCUGUGCUCUCCAUCACCAAAUGUCAUUUUGCUGGGAGUGCCAGUUGACACAUCGUUCACUGAUGACCAAAGAAGAGUGACAGAGGAUAACAUGAGGCUGCUUGGACAGAGAGUGUGGAGACAUGUUAUUGUGCUGUUUACAUUCGGGGACGCACUGGGGGACAAAACUAUUGAGCAACACAUUGAAAGUGAAGGAAAGCCUCUCCGACGGCUCAUUGAGAAAUGUGGGAAUCGAUAUCACGUCCUUAACAAUAUGAGCACAGAUGAUGAUCAAGUUAGAGUGCUGCUGGAGAAGAUGGAGGAGAUGGUGGCAGGAAACAGCUCCUUUUACCUCAGUGCCAACCCUGAUGCAGAUUGUACAAAACAUCAAGAAGACAGAAGUGACAGUUCUGUGACAGAAAUCAAAGAUGAGAACACAACCAAGAAGAUCACAGAACAACUUACCUUCGAAUGGGAUCGCAAGAACUGGGAAAAACACCAUUGUGAAGGAAGCAUGGACAUGCCACCAGACAUGAGAGAAGCUGGGCAGAGCUCUCAGGGGUCUGAUGCAGAAGAAGAGCGAAUGGAGCAUGAAGACGACCAGUUCAGGAGCUGCUUUGGUUCUGAAGGAGACGGUGAAGAUGAUGCAGGAUCUGGACCUCUGAGCAGAUGGAGGGAACUGCUGGAGAGAGAGUGGAGCAGAAGAGAGGUGGCCAUGGAGCAGGCUUCCUGGACACAGUUCUACAAUCUCGCAGCAGCCCCCUCUGAGCCAGAUAGUGAACUGCUGCUGAAAUCAAGGGAAAAAGUUAAAAGUUGGCUGAAAGGUUCAACAUCUGAGUAUGGGACGGCCUCGAACACCAGCGACCAGACAAAGGAAGAUGGUAUCUGUUUUGGCCAAGAACCCCGCUCAACACCAGGCGGAGGGGCGCCUUAGAGAAGGAAGAAAUCUUAAAAAAAAAAGAAAUAAUGCCCUUUUUUUCUGAAAAAAAA